AUGCUACGACGUAUCCUGUGCAAAAGUAUCGUACUCGUAGUAAUUAUCGCAGUCAUGCAUUACAAAUCUUUAUCCCAAGUCAAAACAGCAUGACAAAUUCUAUUUGUCAUGCAUGGCGACGCCGGCGGGGACGACGGUGGUGGCGAGUGAGGUGGUGCAAGGUCAAACAGUAGUUGUCAAGCAGUGCAGCUUUCCCCCUGCAAUCCUAAACCCUAAACUGCAGUAGAACCCUAAACCCCAAUUCUUUCACCCCCCCCACAGUCGCGGCACCUCACCCACGCAUUUUUUCUACAUGAUCGCAUUCAAACAGAUGAGAGAAAAUUACAAUUAGCCGUUGCCGUUACGUGAACAGCAUCCUGUCGAUGUUUGGUCCGUUUGUUCAAAAGUAUGAAUUUGUCUUCGUCGUCUCGUACGUCCACCUUCGUUUCUCAUUCGUUUUCGGUUCGUUCUUGCUUGCUCCUGUCUCAGCACUCGUCAUUGAUGUCGUGCAUGUGUGCUAAACGAAAUUCAAAUUUGUGCCUCUUCGUUCAACAAUUAGAAUUAGAAUUAAGUACGCCGUCGUACAACUGCUCGCUCCUGCCUUCGGUUUACGGUUUCGUAUCAUGAGGAGGCGAAUCAUGAGGAGGCGACAAUUGCUUGCUCAGCAUGACAAGUUUGUUUCUGAGCUUGUAGGUGUUGCCUAUUCUGCAUGACAAACUACGUUUCUGCAUGACAGAAAAGUGGGGCUCUUUGGUAAUGUGCAUGACAGAUUUAAGAGUCAUGCCAG